AAUUUCAAAACCAGCAACGAGAGUAUGUUAAAUUCACAGUUUUUUGACAUAACGGACAUCGAAAGAACCUCCGCCCGAGGUUGUCUAAACUCCAUGAUGUGAAAAUUUGAGUGGAUUAUGUCUGCAAAUUUUUCCCUAUGCAUUGAUGAAAUAAAAUCAAAGCUCUCAGAACCGUUGUCUCUCUUGUUACUGUCGCCUCAGAUUUUUUUUUUGUUUUUUUUUUGGGUCAUUAUGCCUGUAAAAUCUUUAGUAAAAUUUUGUCUGUUGUUUCGAAAAGCCGAUUUCAAUGCUCUGUGUAGGUGUUGGAGUUAAAUAGAGACCGAUUGAUAACCCCAACAGACAUUCAAGAAUUGAAGUAUUAGAUAAAGAAGAAGGUGCAGUAUUAUGGAACUACUGGCAGUUGUGGAGGGAUUAGAGCAGACCCACUUGACAGUCUGCUUGAACAGAGCGUGGGGAGAAAUUUAAAAUAAAGACAAAGCUAAAGAAGAUUUUUUUGGUCAAAUUUAAGAGCAGAAUGUUAGACAUUGGCUCAGUCAAACGCUGUCGUAUCAAUGUCGAAUGCGUUAGCUCACUAUUUUAAUGCCCUACUAGCUAAACGCUUUUUCAGAGAAGACAACAGAAAUCGAAAAGAAAUUUCAUGUCAAAGGAACUGAUUGAGAUGGCGAGCAAUGAUCCUCGAGUCUAUCACGAAAGGCAAAGGUUGCAGUUUUGCCUCUUGCAUGCCCUCAACAAUCUCUUCCAGCAAAAGGAUGAGUUUACAAGACCAAUCUUGGAUGCAAUUGCUGAGAAACUAGUUCUGGAAUGUCCAGACAAGCAGAACUGGACGCCUUUAUCUAUAGUCUUCAAGCCACAUCAUAAUUCUCUUACUGGAAACUACGAUAUCAAUGUUUUAAUCUCUGCACUUGAAGACAAGGGUAAGAUUGUAGUUUGGCAUGACCGGCGAAAUGGGGCUUCUUCAAUUGAUCUCGAUGAUGAUAAUAUGUUCGGUAUUGUUCUUAAUGUUCAUGUUAGAAGGUAUGCUGGGUUAUGGAAGAGUAGGCAUUGGGUUGCGUUAAGGAAGAUUUCCGGGAUCUGGUAUAAUUUAGAUAGUGAUCUUCAUGAGCCUUCGGCUUUUCAAGAUGUUGAUGAGGUUAGGGGUUUCUUGGACUAUGUUAUUGGUCAGGGCGGGGAGAUUUUACUUGUCAUGAAUAAGAAAGAGUGAUUUUUCUUUCUAAAUUCCUUGGAGGUUUUGAGUGGUGAAUUGGUGAUAGAACUUGACUUUGUAUAUAUCCAUUUUUUGUUGCAUAUGUACUUCAAAUGCAAAAAGAAAUCAAGAGAGUUUCUCUGUCGAAGAA